CGCUCUUGCCCGUUUGUGGCAGUUUGGCUUUUCCUUGCCAGCACCGACGGCCAUGCCACCGGCGACCACGAUCAUGUACGACCAGUUCGCGACGCUGCCCAUCGACGACCCGCUGGCCGACGUCGACGCGCUCAUGAUGGAGGAGUUCAGCACCAUGUUCCUGCCGCAGGCCAUGAAGCCGACGACGCCGCCCUCGAACGCGUCGGGGACCCCAAGCUCGUGCUCGGAGGCGGAUUCGCCGCCCAAGGCCGACAUGGCCAAGCCCAAGAAGAUCAACGAGAGCCGGAAGCGCCAGCGCGAAGAGCUCGAGUUCCUCCGCGUCCGCGUUGAAGAGCUCGAGAAGCACCUCGGCGUACUCCAGCAGGUCAAGGCGAUCGAGACCGAGAGCGAGACGCCGUGGCAAAAGCUUGCCCACCAGAUGCGCAUCGACAAGCAGAACGCGGUGCUCGAAAACGAAAAGCUCAAGCAGGAGCUCGAAGAGCAAAUUGAGUUUGGCAAGACGUUGCAAGCCAUCCUGCGCAAGCGGCCAAAGCUCUCGUCUCUCCCGACGCUCGACAGCGACCAGUGGAAGCUGUACCGCCUCGUCAAGGAGCCGAUGACGCGCGCCCAUGCAGUCUACGAGAUCCUCCAGCAGCAGCUCGCGGCCUUCCCCGGUGCCAUGGUCGAGUCGGGCCUUGUCGACACGGAGGCCGACAUGCUCUUGACGCGCCCCAAGCUCUCGCGGUAUUUGGACGACCAGCUCAUCACGGAGACGAUCUGGUGCCACAACUUCCCGUACGACUACCGGUUCGUCACCCGCUGCAUGUGGGCGCUCAUGGCCAACCCGUCCCAGUACGAGUACACGGGCUUUUCGCUCCUCGAGACAUUUGACGACGAUACCAAGUACAUUUGUACGAUCGGGAAGCUCGACAACCUCUUGACGAGCCAGUGCCGGUUCCUCAUGCGCCGCCUCUCGGAGCCCGGGCGUGAGAUCUUCCUCAUCCGGAGCAUCCUCGAAGACGAGCUCAUGCCACACGACAAGACGGCGCUCAUCAACAACAAGAGCGCGUGGUUUGUCCUCGAGCCGACGCCCGGUGGUGGCUGCCGGCUCAAAUUUUACCAAAAGGCGACGCUGCCCAUGAUGCAGUCGCAGCUCUUUUUGCAGCACCCCAAGUUCAAGAAGCCUGGCUCGCCCUACUACCGCGUGGGCAACAUCACCGACGCCAUCAUGACGUCGCUCCGCGAAAUGGUCAAGGGCUUCAAGGGCGCCCUCGUGCACGUGCUCCAGACGCAGAUCAGCGCCUACGCGGCGAGUUUGGGGCAGAUUGAACCGCUCGACAACCUGACGCCUUCGUGCUGAGGCGCUGCACAUCGUAUAUUCCUGCUGUAUCUAUGAACUCAUUUGUUGUGUGUUUCGUCUGUGUACA